AUGGGCGGCACCGGCCGGGCCGGGGCGGGGACAGCGCGGGCAGCGGCACCGCCGGACCGCCCCGGACACCGUGCGGGACCCACCCCCGGCACCCCCGGACACCCCGCGGGACCCCCCCGACACCCUGCGGGACCGCCCCGGACACCGUGCGGGACCCACCCCCGGCACCCCCGGACACCCCCCGGGACCCUGCGGGACCCACCCCCCGGCACCCCCCGGGACCCUGCGGGACCCACCCCCGGCACCCCCCGGGACCCAGCCCCGGCACCCCCGGACACCCCCCGGGACCCUGCGGGACCGCCCCGGACACCCUGCGGGACCCACCCCCGGCACCCCCGGAGACCCCCCGGCACCCCCCGACACCUGCAGGACCCACCCCCGGCACCCCCCGGCACCCCCGGACCCCCCCCCGGGACCCUGCGGGACCGCCCCGGACACCCUGCGGGACCCACCCCGGGGACCCCCCGACACCUGCGGGACCCACCCCCGGCACCCCCCGGGACCCACCCUCGGCACCCCCGGACACCCCCCGGGACCCUGCGGGACCCACCCCGGGGACCCCCCGACACCUGCGGGACCCACCCCCCGGACCACCUGGGUCCAGCCGGGACCCCUCCCCGGAGACCGUGCAGGACCCACCCCCGGGACCACCCGGAACCCUGCGGGACCGCCCCGGACACCCCUGCGGGACCCACCGCCGGCACCCCCGCCACCCCCGGGACCCCCCGGGACCCUGCGGGACCCGCCCCCCGGGACCACCCGGGACUCCUCCUCGGACCCCCCCCGACACCCCGCGGGGUUCACCCCACCGGGACCACCUGGGCGACCCCCGCACGGAACCCCCCGGGACCACCAGGAACUCUUCCCUCGGGACCCCCGGGAGCUCCUUGGGACCACCCGGGACCACCCCCGCCGGGAUCGUCCGGACUCACCCGGGGGGAGUGCCCGGGACACCGCGGGACCCCCCCUGGACCCCUCAGGAAACAGCCGGGACCCUCCGGGACCACCCGUCCUCGGGACCCUCCGGAUCCCCCGGGCACUCCACCACGGUCCCCCCUCUCAUGGGACCCCCCCGAGGUCCUCUGA